AUGCCCCGGCAAGAGCUGCCUUUGCCCGAGGGCUGGGAGGAAGCCCGCGACCACGACGGCAAAGUCUACUUCAUCGACCACGCCACCAAGACCACCAGCUGGGUCGACCCCCGGGACAGGUACACUAAGCCGCUAACCUUUGCUGACUGCAUAAGUGAUGAGUUACCAUUGGGAUGGGAAGAAGCAUAUGACCCUCAGGUUGGAGUUUAUUAUAUCGACCAUAACACCAAAACCACCCAGAUAGAGGAUCCUCGAGUACAAUGGAGACGGGAGCAGGAGCAUAUGCUGAAGGACUACCUUGUAUUGGCACAAGAGGCACUGACAGCUCAGAAGGAGAUUUACCAAGUGAAGCAACAGAGGCUUGAACUGGCGCAGCAGGAAUACCAACAACUUCAUGAUGUCUGGGAACACAAGCUGGGAUCUCAGACCAGCUUAGUCUCCAGUUCCUCAUCUGGUUCAAAGUAUGAUCCAGAGAUUCUUAAAGCUGAAAUUGCCACCACAAAAUCUAGGGUUAAUAAACUUAAGAGAGAAGUAGCUCACAUGAGACAGGAACUCCAGUACAAGGAACUUGGUUACCAAACACUGAAGAAAAUUGAUAUGAAAAUGUCUGACACUCGAGGUGGAUAUAAACUUGAUGAGGCGCAAGCUAUCUUAACUGAAAUGAAAACUAUCAAGAAAGCCAUCAGUUCAGGGGAGAAAGAAAAGCAAGACCUCAUGGAGUGCCUUGCCAGGUUGAAAGACAAUUUUGUAAUGGACAGAGGAUCACACUUCGACUUGUGGGCCAGCAACACAUCUUUGGAAGGCUCCAGUCUCUCAUCACCUGGGCAGUAUCUGGAUGUUGGAUCCCAAACAGAUGUUUCUGGAAAUUUUAUCGUGAGCAGUAAUAAUCAGUUGGCUGAGAAGGUGAGACUGCGACUCCAAUAUGAAGAGGCAAAGCGCAGGAUAGCAAACUUAAAGAUACAGUUGGCUAAACUGGAUAGUGAGGCGUGGCCCGGUGUGCUAGAUUCUGAACGGGAUAGAUUAAUGCUGAUCAAUGAGAAGGAGGAACUUCUAAAGGAAAUGAGAUUCAUAAACCCUAGAAAAUGGUCACAAGGUGAAGUGGAAAGACUGGAAAUGGAAAGAAAGCGUCUAGAGGAAGAUCUUCGGACUGCAAGAGACACACAGAGCAAAGCUUUAACCGAAAGGUUGAAAUUAAAUAGUAAGAGGAACCAAUUAGUUAGAGAACUAGAAGAAACAACACGGUUAGUGGCAAUGCUGCACAUCCAGUUGAAAAACCUCUCCUCGAGCAUGCUUUCCCUGUCCUCAGGCAGCAGCCCUGGCUCUCUUGCAUCCAGCAGGGGCUCUCUUUUUGCCUCAAGUCAGGAUUCUUCCACUUCAGCCAGUUUUACUGAUCUGUACUAUGAACAGCUUGGACAGGUGGACUCUGACUACCAGAAUAAAAUGGACCUCUUGCUCUUGGAGAGAGCUGCUGGAUUUCGCCCUUCAGGCUGCAUCACCACUAUCCAUGAAAAUGAGGUGGUGAAAUCACAAAAAACUGAUGCAACUAGCCGUUUGCAAGCUCUGAGGUCCUUGACUGGGACACCCAAAUCAUUGACAUCUCUGUCUCCAAGGUCAUCGCUUUCUUCUCCUUCUCCUCCUUGUUCUCCACUUGUGACAGACCCAUUCUUCGCAGGAGAUGUCUUCAUGAGCCAUAUGGACUUUGAAGAUACAGAAAUAAACAAUGGUCUCUGUGAACUUAGUCUAACCACUGGAAAUGGCAGGAAGUACAGACUAGAAGAGUCUAGGACUGGGGGAAAACAUCUGGACCAAGGUAUAAAUACAGUUGAAGGGGCUGCACUAAAAGUAGCAUGCGUAUCAGCUGCAGUGUCAGACGAAUCUGUUGCUGGAGAUAGUGGAGUGUAUGAAGCAUCUGUGCAAAGGCCCUGUGUGUCAGAAGCUGUUCUGUUUGACAACGAAGAUGCAGAAAUAGCUGGCACUGCUAAAGUUCAAAUUGCAAUGAAGUAUGAUGAAAAAACCAAACAGUUUGCAAUAUUAGUUGCCCAUCUGAAUAAUGUAUCUGCUCUCCUGCCACAGCAAGACCAGAAAGUGAGUGUUCGGGUGGCUAUUCUUCCUUGUUCUGAAAGCACAAGCUGUUUGUUUCGCUCCAGAUUGAUGGAGGCAUCAGACAAUCUUGUAUUCAAUGAAUUGUUUUGUGUUGCAAUCUCCUACUCUGCUUUACGACAGAAGACUUUGAGGGUUGAUGUCUGUGCUGUGGAUAACGGCCAUCUUGAGGAGUGCUUGGGUGGUGCACAAAUUAGCCUUGCUGAGACUUGCAGAUUGGGAGAGAGGUCAACUCGCUGGUACAACCUCCUUAGCUAUAAAUAUCUGUCGAGGCAAAGCAAUAAAAAUAAGCAAGAGGAUGCCUGUUCUAAACUUUCCUCUGCUGAGAAAAUGGAUUCUGUAUCUGUGCUGCUGGAACAGACUGCUGUUGAACUAGCAGCAGUAGAGAGAGAGUUAGAAGAAAGCAGAAGCACUUUACCUACUGGUGAAAAUUGGCAAGAUGAGGAAGAUGCUGAACAAGAGCAAGAUGGCAAUAGUGAAAACGAAGUGGAAGAAGAGGAGGAAGAAUUUUACGGUGAUAAGCUAGUAUGGGAAGUGGAAGAGACUCCGCCAGCCUUCUCACAGGCAGAGUUAGCAACUCUCAAGGUGGAUAAAGAGACCAACACAGAGGGUUUCACGCAAUCUUCCAUUGUGGUGCGUCCAAAAGAUAAAAGACCAUCAAACCCACCACGGACUCCUUUUGUUAGAGGCAGUACAAUAAUACGUUCCAAAACCUUUUCUCCAGGACCACAGAGCCAGUAUGUGUGUCGGCUGAAUCGCAGUGAUAGUGAUAGUUCAACUCUGUCUAAGAAAUCACCUUUCAUCCGAAAUGCUGUGGAGAGGCGAAGUGUCAGGAUGAAAAGGUCUUCCAUUCAAAACAUUGGAGGUGAGCGCCUAAUCCGUACCUCUCUAGACCUGGAAUUGGAUUUGCAGGCUUCAAAGACCUGGCACAAUCAACUGGUACAAGAAAUCUCUGUUUUGAAGCAGCUGAAGGACCAGUUAGAACAAGCUCAAAAUCAGGGGGGAAAGGAGCUACCUGAGUUUGUAAAGGAGGAUGAGCGAUUUCAAAUCCUGCUGAGGCUAGGGGAGAAACGGGCUGAAAAAGAUGAACGGAAGUGUGAGCUGAAAGCUGAUAAAAUGAUGAGAGCAGCUGCUAAAGAUGUACAUAGACUACGUGGGCAGAGUCGGAAGGAGCCCCUGGAGGUGCAGUCAUUUAGAGAAAAAAUGGCAUUUUUCACACGACCAAGGAUAAACAUUCCAGCUCUUUCUGCGGAUGAUGUUUAAUCUCUUUUUAAGUAUUCCUUUCUCCAGCCACUUUGAAAAGUAUCAUUUGGUUUUGCUGAAGUUUAUUUAUGUGGUAUUAUAAAGGUACCAGGUCCUUUGUACAUUGUUGGCUUUGUCAGCUCUCUGCUGAGAUUCUUCACUU